CCUCAAUUUCCAUCUCCUCUCCCCCCUAAUCAAUAUUUCCCCUUCUCUCUAUUUCUCAAUUCCCGCUACACGUGUAUAACCGACGGAUCUAUACCCUACCUACCAUAUACCCAACCCGACCGAACUCCCCUUAUACACACCGACACCACAUAUACAUCAUGCCUCUGUCCGUCCAGCUCAAGACGCCGAUCACUGGCGAGUUCACGCAGCCCACCGGCCUGUGGAUCAACAACGAAUGGGUCGAAGGCGUUGACAAGAAGAGCUUCGAAGUCAUCAACCCCACCACCGAGGAAGUCAUCUGCUCCGUGUCCGAGGCCACCGAGAAGGAUGUCGACCUGGCAGUCGCCGCGGCCCGCAAGGCCUUCAACGGUGUGUGGCGGACGACCACCCCGCAGCAGCGAGGCAUCUACCUGCUCAAGCUCGCCGAGCUCGCCGAGAAGAACCUGGAUCUGCUAGCUGCCGUCGAGUCGCUCGACAACGGCAAGUCCAUCACCAUGGCCAGGGGCGACGUCGGCGCCGUCGUCGGCUGCCUCCGAUACUAUGGCGGCUGGGCCGACAAGAUCGAGGGCAAGACCAUCGACAUCAACCACGAGACCUUCCACUACACUAGGCAGGAGCCGAUUGGUGUCUGCGGCCAGAUCAUCCCCUGGAACUUCCCUCUGCUCAUGCUGGCCUGGAAGAUCGGCCCGGCCCUCGCCACCGGCAACACGAUCGUCCUCAAGACGGCCGAGCAGACGCCGCUGUCCGGUCUAGUCUUUGCCAACUUGGUCAAGGAGGCUGGCUUCCCGCCCGGCGUCCUCAACAUCAUCUCGGGUAUCGGCAAGAUUGCCGGCGCCGCUCUCUCCGCCCACCUGGACGUCGACAAGAUCGCCUUCACCGGCUCUACCGUUGUCGGCCGCGCCAUCAUGAAGGCCGCCGCCUCCUCGAACUUGAAGAAGGUGACCCUCGAGCUAGGCGGCAAGUCGCCCAACAUCGUCUUCAACGACGCCGACAUCGAGCAGGCCAUCUCGUGGGUCAACUUCGGCAUCUACUACAACCACGGCCAGUGCUGCUGCGCCGGUUCCCGCGUGUAUGUGCAGGAGGGCAUCUACGACAAGUUCAUCGCCGCCUUCAAGGCGCGCGCCGAGCAGAACGCGGUCGGCGACCCCUUCGACGAGAACACGUUCCAGGGCCCCCAAGUCAGCCAGCUCCAGUACGACCGCAUCAUGGGCUACAUCGAAGAGGGUAAGAAGGACGGCGCGACGGUCGAGGCCGGUGGCGAGCGCCACGGUGACAAGGGUUACUUCAUCAAGCCCACCAUCUUCACCAACGUUACCCCCGACAUGAAGAUCAUGCGGGAAGAGAUCUUUGGCCCCGUCGUCGCUGUCGCCAAGUUCAAGACCGAAGAGGAAGUCGUCGCCCUAGGCAACGACAGCGCCUACGGAUUGGCCGCCGCCGUCCACACCAAGGAUCUCAACACGGCCAUCCGGGUCAGCAAUGACCUCCGUGCCGGUACCGUCUGGGUCAACAGCUACAACCUUCUCCACCACCAACUUCCCUUCGGCGGUUACAAGGAGAGUGGUAUCGGCCGCGAGCUCGGCGAAGCGGCCCUGGCCAACUACACGCAGAAUAAGUCGGUGUCUAUCCGGUUAGGCGGCCCCCUGUUCUAAGCAAUAACGCGCGGGGAAAAAAUAAUCACCGAAAACGAGAGCUUGCCGUCGCUUGAGCCAUACCUAGGAAGAAGUGCCGCCUGUUGCCUACCCGCGUGGCGGGGUAGGACGUUUCCUAGGGGAACAACAGUCGUGCCGUGUCUGUUUUGAGGGGAUGCCGGCUGGCGUCAGCCCCUUCUCAAGAAGAAUUGCCGGCUUUGGGGCAAGGUUU